AUGCCCAAGAUCAACCACGUCGUCAUUGCCGGCGCUGGCCCGUCCGGCCUCCUCCUCGGAGUGAUGCUCGCGCGCAACCUGGCCAUCAAAGUCACCAUCCUCGACGCCGACACCAAGAUCAACGACAACCCGCGCGCCGCCCACUACGCGCCCUCGGCCUGCUACGACUUCAAGCGCGCCGGCAUAUUGGACGAUGUGCGCAAGCACGGCUUCUCGCCCAAGGGCGUGUGCUGGCGCUUGCAGGACACCACCUUCCUGGCCGGCAUGGGCCGCGAGCCCGAGCAGUCCGAGUACGCCAUGGCCGUGCUGCCGCUUGACCGCCUGGGCCCCCUCAUCCUCCGCCACUUCAACAGCCUGCCGAACACCGAGGUGCACUGGGGCCACAAGUUGGUCGACCUGAAGCAGGACGAGAAGGGCGCCACGGCCAUUGUGGAGACGCAGGAUGGGCAAAAGAAGGAAUUCACUGCAGACUACAUUGUCGGCGCGGACGGCGCGUCAAGCGGAGUGCGGACCGCGCUCUUCGGCAAGGAAUACCCGGGGGAGACGCUGAAGCAGCAGAUUGUUGCCACCAAUGUCUACCUUCCCUUCGACGAGCGCUUCGGCUACUGGGACUCCAACUUCAUCUGCCACCCCACCGACUGGUACAUGGCCGCUAAAAUUACCACCGAUGGCUUGUGGCGGGUCACAUAUGGCGACGAUGCGGAGCUGGGGCGAGAGGAAAUCGUGAAGCGCCAACCCAUGCGCUAUGAGAAGAUUCUUCCCGGCAAUCCCAAGCCUGGCGAUUACAAGCUCGUCAGUAUGAGCCCGUACAAACUGCAGCAAAGAUGUGCGCCCAGCUUCCGCGUAGGCAAGGUAUUGCUGGUAGCAGAUGCCGCACAUCUAUGCAAUCCAUUUGGUGGUCUUGGUCUUACUGGUGGCUUCGCCGAUGUCGGCUCCCUCUACGACUGCUUCAUGGGCAUCCACCAAGACGAGCUCGACGAAGACAUCCUCGACAAGUACAGCGAGAUCCGCAUCAAGGUGUGGCAGGAGAUGAUCGACCCCAUGUCGCGCGCCAACUUCCACCGCCUUUGGGAUCCCAACUGCCUAAAGGAGCGAGACGAGUUCUUCAAGAUGUGCGAGCAGGCAACGAAUGAUCCUGUUUUUGGCAAGUCUCUCGCCGAGGCCGUUCAUGCUGUGAGGCACGACUUUACGCAGUACUUCAAGAGUAAGCAGGGCGCUACGAACGGGGCGAUUGGUGUGAACGGCCACUCGUAG